ACUAUCAUCGGAUUAGGCUACGCAAUAUCCAUAAUUCCAUAUACGGAGUACACCGUACCGAAUAUAAUCAUACGGUUCUAAUUGAAUCAUCAACGCAUAAUCAAUUAAUCACCGUUUAUCAGAAUCGGUGCUGGAUCCCUGUUUUACUGUUUUCUCUCUCCUCUCAUUCUUCCACCUUUCUUUUGCUCGAUCUCCGCAACUGCUUUAUCGUCGUUGUAAGGUAAACUUCUUCACAAUCUCCCAUUUUUUUCGGACACCUGAAUUUACCCUUUUCGACAAUCUCUUAUUUUCUGUUUAUAUUUGCUAAACUAUUAGCCCAAUUUCUCGACAUUUCUAUUGGUUUCACCCAAAUUUUCCAAUUAAGUUUAGGGUUUGAUUUCGGGGUCUUUCUGCAAUCGAUUUUUAUUGUUAUUUAGGCUAGAAUUUCUGGGGUUUCCUUGAUUAUUUUUUUGUCAUCCAAAAACUAAUUCAAAGAGGUUUGCAUUGAUUUGUUUAAGCUUUGUUGAUUAGUCUGACAAAUUUGGGGGAUUGGAUUGUACAGUAAUUUUAGAGGGUUAGGAAGAUUAUUUUAUGGCAUUUGAAUGCCGGGAAACUUCUGAGGUUUGUUUAUCGAAGAAGUUAUUGAAUUCUGUUGCUCAUAAUCCAUUGAAAGAACAAGUGGGUGGUGUGCAAUUUGGAAAAACACCUGUUCAUUGUCAUAGUAAGAAGGGUUUUUGGAGAGAGAAAGCUGAUAGGUCUGAAAAUUUAGUCCGUGGAUUAGGAGUUGGUAGUGAUAAGAUUGCUGGUGUAUUAGUUGGUCCUGCGAAAGUGGUGAUAACUGAUGAGGGGGAUACCUCGGAUUGUCGUCGGUCAAUUACUGACCUACCUCCGGCUUUGGUUGCUGAGAUUCUAAACUGUUUAGACCCGAAAGAGCUUGGCAUUGUUUCGUGCGUUUCAACUAGUCUUUAUAAGAUUGCAUCUGAUCAUUAUGUAUGGAAGGAUUUUUAUUGCGAGAGAUGGGGUCUCCCAAUAACUAAGCCUUUGAACCCUGGUUUAUCGGAAGAGAAGUCGUGGAAGGAUCUGUUUGUGGAGAGAGAUUUUCGGAGCAAGACCUUUCUAGGGAAGUAUAGGCGUGAUUUCUUGACUGGCCACACAGAACCUGUGCGUGCUGUUUUCCUCCUGGUCUCUGCAAAGCUUGUUUUCACUGCUGGGUAUGAUUUCAUAGUCCGGAUUUGGGAUUUGGAAGAAGGGUUGUCCGUUGCUUCAUCGAAGCAACUUGGUUCCACAAUUCGCGCUGUGGCUGCUGAUACAAAACUGCUAGUAGCUGGGGUGACCGAUGGUUUUAUCCAAUGUUGGAAAGCUGUUGAAGGUGUUUCUCAUUUGUUCGACCUUAAGGGUUCUUACUGCCAAAAUUCCGAGUUUAGACUCUGGGAGCAUGCAGGACCAGUGACUUCUCUCGCUUUGGAUCAUUCAAGGAUCUAUAGUGGAUCAUGGGAUAUGACUGUGAGGGUAUGGGACCGUGCCUUGUUGAAUUGUGUUAUGGUCUUAAGACAUAGUGACUGGGUAUGGAGUAUUGCACCUCAUGACACUAGUUUAGUUAGCACAUCAGGUUCUGAUGUUUAUAUCUGGGAUACUACUCAUGGAACUUUGACUGGUAUAAUACCUCAUGUACAUGCAGGAAACACUUAUGCCUUAGCAAGGAGUCAUACGGGAGACUUUCUAUUUACUGGAGGAGAAGAUGGAUCGAUACACAUGUUUGAAAUCUCAGCAUGUGUUGAUGAUGGCAUCUUAAAGGUGGCUUCUUGGGUUCCACAUUCAGGACCUGUGAAUUCUCUUGCAUUCGAGUUUCCAUGGGUCGUAUCAGCUUCUAGUGAUGGAAACCUCUCCUUGAUUGAUGUUAGGAAACUGUUGAAAUCCAAUCGGCGUUGUCUGAUGAAAUAUCGGAACAUGAAGGAGACAAUAAUCGAGCCUCCUCAGAGGAUGCUGCAUGGUUCUGGAGCAAGUUUGUUUUCAGUGCAUAUUGGUGCUGAUCGUAUUGUUUGUGGAGGAGAAGAUCACGUUGUGAAGCUGUGGGAUUUCUCUCACGCUUUAGAGAGAGAAAUGAGAUCUCGCGCUCAGAAAGCUAUUCGAUUGGAGAACAGGUUGAGACAGCGUAGGCUUCAAGCUGAGAUGAACGCUAAGAGUAGCAAAGCUGAUAAAUGUUCCAUGGCAGCAAAGAAGAAUCCCAUCAAUGGAGAUCGAAAUGGCAUUUGGCAUAGCAAGCGCAGUGUUAAUGGAAAGGGUGAACUUGUAGGAUGAAUUCGCACCUAGCCUUUAAUUUCAGGAGGAAGUCAGGCUACUCAGUUCUUCAGCAAGUGCUGGCGCCUGGUGUGCAGCAUAAUACCAAUUACUAAAGGAGGAUCUACAUAUUGUUUUGUUUUGUUUUGUUGUGAAUAUAUGAUAUAAAUUCGUAUUGUUUUCGGGGUAACUAAUUGGUGGGAUUAGGAAUUAGGGGUACUUACUCUUAUACAGUUUCAUGUAGGUCUCUUCAUUAUAUUGUACGGGUAGUAGUAGUAGAAAGAAAAUGCAUAUCAUUUCAUUCAACCAUAACAUUGGAUUCAAAGGAAUGGGGGUAGAGAGUCAUGGUUGGCGAUAAAUUAUUGGGAUUAAGGCUUCAAUUGUUGUUUUAUUUUCAUGUUUAUUUUGUUUUGACAAGAGAAUGAAACAAGAUUUUCAA